AUGAAUAAAAAUGAUAAAAAAGCGGUGUUGGCGGAGCCGAUAAAUGUCGUAGUAACUGGAGCAGCGGGUCAAAUCGCUUACUCACUGCUGUACCAAUUAGCAGCUGGGUCGGUGUUUGGUCCAGAGCAGCCAAUCAACUUGCGUCUGCUGGAUAUCAAACCAAUGAUGGAUGUCCUCCAGGGUGUUGUCAUGGAACUUGAAGAUUUGGCACUUCCUCUGCUACGCGACGUUCUGCCGACUGCUGAUGCCGGAGUGGCUUUCAAAGAUGCAGCAGCAGCUUUCCUGGUGGGUGCGAUGCCCCGCAAGCAGGGAAUGGAACGUAAAGAUCUUCUGGCGGCUAAUGUCAAGAUCUUUAAAGAUCAGGGCGAAGCUUUGGAAAAGUUCGCUCGCAAAGACAUCAAGGUUCUGGUGGUCGGCAAUCCAGCCAACACCAAUGCUUUGAUUUGCUCUCAUUAUGCUCCGAGUAUUCCCAAGGAAAACUUCACUGCUAUGACUCGGUUGGACCAAAAUCGGGCUCAAGCUGCUUUGGCUUCACGGCUUGGUGUCCAGUUAUGUUCUGAAAUGGAGUUGACCCCACUUGUCGACAAAGUGAAGAACGUAAUCAUCUGGGGUAAUCACAGUUCAACCCAGUACCCGGAUGCUGCGCAUGCAGUCGCUGACCUGCCAGGGAAGGGUUCAGUAAAGGUCAGCUCGGCGGUAAAUGACAAUGCCUGGCUGAACGGCGAGUUCUUGGAAACAAUCCAAAAACGUGGAGCUGCUGUUAUCGCCGCGCGUAAAAUGUCAUCAGCAAUGUCUGCUGCGAAGGCUGCUGGCGACCACAUGCGGGACUGGUGGUUCGGUACCAAACCGGGACAGUGGGUCUCCAUGGGUGUCGUUUCUGACGGGAGCUACGGAAUCCCCAAAGACGUCGUGUUCUCAUUUCCGGUCAACAUCAAAGAUAAAAAAUUCGAGAUUGUCCAAGGAUUGGAAAUAAGCGACUUUGCAAGAUCCAAACUUGAUAUUACUGCCAAAGAACUCGAGGAAGAACGCGCUGAAGCUCACCAAAUUAUUACCAGUGAAUUAUCUAACUGUAACUUAUGUUCUGAAAUGGAGUUGACCCCACUUGUCGACAAAGUGAAGAACGUAAUCAUCUGGGGUAAUCACAGUUCAACCCAGUACCCGGAUGCUGCGCAUGCAGUCGCUGACCUGCCAGGGAAGGGUUCAGUAAAGGUCAGCUCGGCGGUAAAUGACAAUGCCUGGCUGAACGGCGAGUUCUUGGAAACAAUCCAAAAACGUGGAGCUGCUGUUAUCGCCGCGCGUAAAAUGUCAUCAGCAAUGUCUGCUGCGAAGGCUGCUGGCGACCACAUGCGGGACUGGUGGUUCGGUACCAAACCGGGACAGUGGGUCUCCAUGGGUGUCGUUUCUGACGGGAGCUACGGAAUCCCCAAAGACGUCGUGUUCUCAUUUCCGGUCAACAUCAAAGAUAAAAAAUUCGAGAUUGUCCAAGGAUUGGAAAUAAGCGACUUUGCAAGAUCCAAACUUGAUAUUACUGCCAAAGAACUCGAGGAAGAACGCGCUGAAGCUCACCAAGUUCUCAUGCCGUGA